AUGGGUCAUGUAAUCAGGUCAUGUGACUUUAUGCCAACAUUCCAAACAUUUGUAUCAAAAUCCAAACUGGCAGCAUACGUGGACAAAGACACUGGCCAUGAGGGAAUUUCUGUCAGCAGUUUCUACAGUACAAGAAAGAGAGAGGUGAAGUCUGUAGUUUUGCCACCUGAUGGUUCAUCAGAUUCAGAGGAGGGAUCCAAUGAGGAAGUCGAGGAAGAUGAGCUGUAUAGGCCUACAGAGGGACAGUGUGAGGAUGACAGCAGCAGCAGUGACAAUUUGAAUGGCAGCUCUAGUCAUGAGGCCGAGGAAGGAGCAAAACAGAAUAAACAAGCAAACCAGAAUAAACGAGGGAAGAUGUUUAGUUGGAGAAAAACUGAGUUUGAGCACCAGUCCACUGCUACACAAAGCUGCUUCACUGCACCAGACGAGCUCUCCACUCCACUAAUGUACUUCUCCAAAUUCUUCGACAAGGACAUCUUUGAAGUCAUUGCUCAGCAGACAAACUUGUAUUCCUGUCAGCUCAUUGGAUGCAGCAUCAACACUAAUGUGUCUGAAAUCAAGGCUUUCAUUGGAAUGAAGCGGAUCAUGGGUAUAGUGAAAAUGCCUGCAAUGGAAAACUACUGGGCAACAGAUACAAGAUAUGAGAAAGUAGCAGAUGUCAUGCCACUCAAGAGGUACAAAUGUUUAUCCAGGAUGCUCCACUUUCAAGACAACAUGAGCUCUGAGUCCAGUGAAGAUGUACUGGACCACAUGAGGAGCAAGUGCAUGGAAUUGGAGAGUGAGAACCAGUUCUCAAUUGAUGAAAUGAUGGUUCCUUACAAAGGAAAAAAAGCUGGAAGUCUGCGGCAGUAUCUACCCAGUAAACCCAAAAAAUGGGGUAUCAAGAUCUUUGUCCGCGCUGGUGUGUCUGGAUUUUUGUAUGACUUCAUGGUCUAUACAGGGAAGUCUACAUUUGAUGGUUCUAAUCAAACUCAAGGCAAAGAGUUUGGGUUAGGUGCAAAUGUUGUCCUGCAGUUGUGCAAAACCAUCAGAAACCCCUCCGACUGCGUUGUCUACUUUGACAAUUUUUUCACAUCGUUGAGAUUGGUAACACAUCUAAAAGAUUCUAUGGGCCUCAGAAGUUCGGGCACUAUUCGAAAGAACCGCUUGAUGGGUUGCAGGGUAGAAGAAGAUCGAGACCUCCUACGAAGAGGAAGAGGCAGCUUCGACUUUCGUGUUGACAACGAUGCAAAGCUGGCUGUGGUCAAAUGGGCCGACAACAAAACAGACACUUUGGUGAGCUCCUGUGCGUCUGUCAACCCUGUUGGCCAAGUGAGACGCUACUCUAAAGAGGAGAAGAGAAAGAUAAGUGUGCCAUGCCCCAAGAUUGUGUCUGAAUACAAUACUCAUAUGGGAGGAGUGGAUUUGGCAGAUAUGAUGAUUGCCCUGUAUCGCACUCCAGCAAAGUCCCAUCGGUGGUACAUGGGCAUAUAUUGGCAGAUAGUUGACAUUGCUGUCAAUAACGCAUGGCUCCUCCACCGGCAUGAUGCAGCAGCUCUUGGUCAGAAACACCAGUGUCUGAAGGACUUUAGGCUGGAUGCUGCCAGGGGACUCAUCUACCUUGAAAAGCAGAAAAGGGACGGCCAUCCAAAGGAAAUGAAGACAAUACGCCACAAAAAGUGA